AAAGGACUUUUUAAAACAAAAAAAUAAAUUUUAAAUAUUAAAAAAAAAUUAUGUUAAAUUAAAAAAUAAAAAGAAAAAAUAUGUUUGUUGUUAUAUACAAACCAAAAAGAAAAUUUUGCUUUAUAAACCACAAAUUAGCUAAAACGUUACAAAUCGAAAGUUUACAUAAAAUAACAGUAAAUUAUUUUUAUAAUAAUUUAUUUCCGGAAAAUGUGUUAUAAUUUAGACAAAAACAAAAAACACAUAAACUAAAGGAUGCCCUCUAAACAUCUAUGAAAGAAAAAAUCAUUUUCUCAUAUAACUCACUUAGCAAAUGAUCACCUUUUUUAACUUGAAAUUGGCAACAACAUCCUCAGCAUCCUCUUGACUACAAGUAUUAAUAAAAAAAAGCUAAAGAAAAAUCCAAGAAACAAAAAAAAACCCCGCGUGUGUAAACUCUUUCGGUUUGUGCAAUACAACACCAUCAGCAAUAAGUAUACGCAUACAUUUGUACUUUGUAAAACCAAAAGCGGAUAUCCGUUUAAUCGUUCUCCUAACUAAAUAUAAAAGUAAAUAACUGCAACUUGUGUAUGUGUGUGUAUGUAUGAGUGAAUACACUUGUUGACCAUUAAAAAUUGUGCUGGCGGAUAUUUGUAAUUUGCAUGCAAAAAAGAAAAAAAAAGAAAAAUUGUAUGCUAAAGUUUUCUUCUUAUUAAACAACUCUACAGCAACAGCCUCAUCCACAACACCAAUAACAACAACAACAACCAUAAUAUAAUUGUCAUCAUUUGAAUCAUUUAUUGAUUUCUUAAUCAUCGCCACCAUCAUCAGAAAAUACCUCUUUUCCUCUUUUUUUUUACUGGAUCCCAUCCGUUUUUCUUGAAUUUUUUUUUUUUUUUGUUAUAUUUUUCCUGAUCAUGUAUCCAAUAGGCUAUAUCCAAAACCACCAAUAAAUUAAAAAUAGAUUUGCAAUUCGGAAAGAUAAUCUCAAUACUGUACAAUUAUAUAUUUAACAAUUCUUAAAGAGCUACAAACUUGAAUGCAGAAUAUAAAAAGUAUUAACUUGCAUUUCUAGUAUGAGAGAAAAACAUCAUUCUCCUAGAAAAAUGCUUCCCAGCCCCAAACAAGGGUCAGUGUACCCGAUUUUAGGCUCAGUGCCCUACAAUUUAAACUCAAAUGUACCUUAUGAUUUGACAUCGCCUUCAAGAGCGUCUACCACCGCAUUGACAUCGGCCUUGACGGCCUUAUAUCAAACACAAAAAGAACUUAAGCACAAAGAACGAAGGCGUGGCACUGUAGAUCAACCUUUAGACUUACGAUUAGCCCAUAAGAAACAGGAUGGUGCAUGUGGUGCAGCUAGUGUAGGGGAAGACGAUCAAAAUUCGACCACAGAAAUGAUGGAAGAUGAAAAUAGUAAUUUAGUUAUGAUAGCUUCAUCCCAUAAACAAUCAUCGGCGGCUUUGGAAAAAUCUUGUCAAAGUUCGGAAUGUAAUAAUAAUAACAAUAAUAUUAUGAAUAAUCAUUCGUUACGUAUACAAACCGAACAUCAAGAUAAAUUAGAGGGCAACCUUUUGAAUGAAAUGAAUAAUAAUGAUACCAGCUUAUUGCAACAGAAUCAAAAUCAUACGGUGCGUAAUCAGUUCGAUAAUUUGAAUAGUAAGAAAAUAUUAAGAGUAUUGAGGGACCAGGCUAAAUCGUUACCCAACAAUUUGGAACAAUUGCCUUUUCCCGUUACAGCUUUACAUCCCACUCUACUGGAGACGAUAGCCAAAGCAAUGCCACCCCUACCAUAUAGAAAUCUUUUCUUUAUGCCGCGACCGAAUCAACCGGGAAACACGUCCAAUUUUUCUUUUUUUAAUGCACCUAUGGGCAAAGACACUAAAAAAAGUUCCAGCACAGUAUCAGCGACUACAAGCACACCUCCUAUAGCAAAUACAGAUGCUUCUACGCUUAAUGACAUUAAUUUUGAGGCAACACAACAAACACGCUGUUCUUUAACUGAAAAUCUUACCAACUCCCUGCUAAUCAAUCAAAAUAGUCCAACAGCGCCUGCAACAACUCCUAACCAAGCAACAUAUCGUCAUAAACGAACCACUACUACUACAACUGUCAACUCUCGUACAAACACUCAAGUCUCGGGUAACCUUUCGUACAAAUCUAAGGAUCGCUACACCUGUAAAUUUUGUGGCAAAGUAUUUCCUCGCUCUGCAAAUCUAACGCGUCACUUGAGAACCCACACGGGUGAACAGCCGUACAAAUGUAAAUACUGUGAACGUUCCUUUAGUAUAUCAUCGAACCUGCAACGACAUGUCCGUAAUAUUCACAACAAAGAGAGACCUUUUAAGUGUGAAAUAUGUGAGAGAUGUUUUGGCCAACAAACUAAUUUGGAUAGACAUUUGAAGAAGCACGAAGCUGAUGCUGCCUCUAUGGGUCUCGGGCUAAACGAGCGAUUAAGAGGUGGUUUACGACGCUUUUGUGAAAAUCCUGCUGAAGAAUCUUAUUUCGAGGAAAUACGCUCCUUUAUGGGCAAAGUAACACAAUUACCACUAAAUGCCACCACCGCUAGUUCAGCUAAACAUGCCAUUGCAGGACCCGAAAGCUCUACAACACCACAUUCCGAACCUCAAUCGCCUGGUCGAAGUUCUUCGUAUGCACCUUCCGAUCCUGACUCGGCUGCCAGUGGCUUGAGAAUUAUAACACAUGAUGAUCAAAGCAAUCAUAGUAAUCAAUCCAACGAUCAGCAUAACUACCCACAAAGACAACCGCAACAUCCUGGUCAAGGCGAUAAAUUAUCGCUCUCAAACUCUUCCUCACCAUCUUCCACCGAUGACAAUGAGGUCUCUUCUACUCCUACCACAGCAACUAAAUUAACAACAUAUGAAUCGUCGUCUACCAGAGGGUGUCCCACAACAACCUAACACUAAUAAUAUCGACUAUAUGUAUUUACUAGUAAUUUAUAUACAGCUUAAUGCACGUUUUUCACAAUCUUUUAAAGAUUCCGAAAGAAUCUGAUUUUAACGGUGCAUUUUUAUAACGUAAAAAAUUUCUUCCUAUUGUAUAUUAAAAUUAAAAAAAAAUGUUUAUA